GGAGGAAGUUUGUCCUUCGCGGGGACCCGUCCGGCGUUCGCGUGCGGCAAGAUGGCGGCGGUCUCAAUGUCAGAGGCGCUGAAGCGAGCGCUGUGGGGGAGAAGGGCCGUGGCUGUGGCUGUCGUUUCCCUUCCCCGGGUUCCGACCAGGUCAUUGAGUACUUCCACGUGGAGGCUGGCACAGGAUCAAACUCGAGACGCACAGCUCAUCACAGUUGAUGAAAAACUGGACCUCACUACUCUAACCGGCGUUCCGGAGGAGCACGUCAAGACUCGGAAGGUGCGGAUCUUCGUGCCCACGCGCAAUAACAUGCAGUCCGGCGUGAACAACACCAAGAAGUGGCGGAUGGAGUUCGACACCAGGGAGCGCUGGGAAAACCCCCUGAUGGGCUGGGCAUCCACGGCUGACCCCUUGUCCAACAUGGUUCUAACCUUCAGUACGAAAGAAGCCGCAGCUGCCUUUGCAGAAAAAAAUGGAUGGAGCUAUGACAUUGAAGAGAGGAAGGUUCCAAAACCCAAGUCCAAGUCUUAUGGCGCAAACUUUUCUUGGAACAAAAGAACAAGAGUAUCCACAAAAUAGAUUGGCACCGACUGAAUCUCUGUGAAUCAAGUCAGCUGUGCCGUAUUUAUAGUCCGUGUAUAAUACAGCUCUUCAACUGCUAAUAAAUUUGACCUUUCAACUACA